AUGUACUACGAAAAAGGAACAUUCAUUGCUGUUUACAGUGAUCAUGAUGAAAUUAUCAAACCUAUGUCAAAUACUUCUCCUAAUGAAAUGAACAAAGAAAAUGAAGUAGCAAAUUCUUCGAAUAUCUCAGAGCUAACCUGCCAAACAGGUCGAAGUAGGCUUGUAAAUUCUAAUAAGAAAUAUUAUUCAGAUAACAGUGAAAGUGAAGCAGACCCCUUUUCAGCUUCAGGUUCUGAAUAUCAACCAUCAGAUGAAUCUUACGAAAGAAAUCGAUUUAAAUAUUCCUCAAGUCCAAUGGCGGAGGAUGAAAAACCAAAUUGUGCCAAUUUCGACAAUCUGGGUCUUACUCCAGUAAAAGUUAUAUCUUCUCCAAUUUCACUCAAAAAUGAGGUUAAUCCUCGUAUUUCUUCCCUGCUUUCGCCCAUUAACCAAACAAGCCAUUCAAUAUACAGACAUUCUUGUAACAUUGAACAACAUCCAACAACCAGUGAUGACACUGACACUUCUAAAGAAAUUAGUGGAAAUAUUUAUUUUGAGCAUUCACAAAAGAAACCUGAUGGAAAACGGCUUUAUAACAAAAGACAUGCUUGUUACUAUUGUAACAAACUGAUUGGUAAAGUUACCAGGCAUAUCAAACUAGUUCAUAAAAAUGAAACGGAGAUAGCCAAAUUGCUCAGUAUGGAUGGGCUGGAGACUAUUAUCAUAAUUGCAAUGUUCUAA